CGCGUCUGUUCACACCCAGGUCAUUGGAGCCACACCCCGAGCUGUGAGCUGUCCCACACACCACACUAUCAACACUUCACAUUACAACGCUGCCAGCGCCCUUGGAUCAUGGUUGACAACGGGGGCAGCGUCAUCAAUCUGUCCAAGGCGCUGAGCCAGCUGGACACGUCACCCAGCUCCUUGUCCAAGGGCGCUUCUCGCCAAUUUGACUUGCUGCUCCCCGACGGCAGUGCAGUCACCCUCGACAUUGGUAUCCACGAUGCCGGCACUUUUGAGCACGAUCGUAUCUUCAAAGCAUCGCUCUACCUCCGGCACAGGGCGAUUGAAGAGAAUGGGCACUCGAGCAGCAAAGACGAUUCUUACAAGCCCGUCAUCGCCAGCAAGCUCGACACCCGUCACUUCCCCCUCGAGAUGUACUGCCAGCCACCCAAGCCGCGCUAUGGUCACCCCAAUGAGGAACCAGACGACAACUCGCCCGCAGAGCGCAGCACGAGGCUCGCCAACGCUCGCUUGGACGUGGGCAAGUCGCGCUCGGAGCAGCCCGACGACGUUGUUGCCUCGCUCUGGAUCCAGCUCUACGCGCUCCACACCCUCUUUCCCAACGAAGAGGCAUUCAACGUGGCGACGUCGUCGGCAUCGUCGACGGCCAGCAGGGACACUUCUCGUGCCUCCAGCUCUGCCGCCGCUCUGCUUCUUGCCUCGGGACUAGCGGUGCCUCACCCUACCCAUUCAUCGCCGUCGUCGUCGUCGUCGCCAGCAUCGUCGUCUGCGUCCUCCACCUCACAAUUCGCUGCCAACACUGUGCUCGCCACACGUUCAGCAUUCUGGCAGUCGAGCUACCCAUUCUCGCGCCCUCCCUGGAUCCUUCCCAGCAUCGCAGUUGGUGACCCGCAGGCCAAUGCGCAUGCCUUUCCCACCUCCUACACCUUCUCCAACAAUAUCAACCACCCCGUCCGUCCACCGAAGCUCGCGCCGGACACGUCGUCGCCCCUCUACCGGCGCUUCUCCAUCGAGCUCAACCAGACGCUCACGUUUGAGGUGACCUCCUUUAGAAACGACGAGACUGUGGACCUCGUCACGCGCUGGCACAACACUGAUCGAGUCGCCGAUGGCUGGAGACAGAGAGGGGACAGAGACAAGCAGCGGCAAUACCUCGAGUCCGUCGAGGCUUCUCCAAGCAACAUGGGCAUCGUGGGCAAGUGGGACGGCGCGCCGUGGGGAUACCUCGAGAUCUACUACGCAAAGGAAAGCAACGUUGGGCAAUACUCACACAUGGGAGAUUACGAUCGGGGCUUCCAUGCCCUCGUCGGCGAAGAAGGCUUCCGAGGCCCCCAUCGCGUUCGAACAUGGAUGGGCAGCCUCAUCCAUCUCCUCUUUCUCCUGGAUCCUCGCACCGAGAAAGUCGUGCUGGAACCAAGGGCGAGCAACACAAAGAUGAUCGACUAUGCCAUCAUGUGCGGCGGCCACGUCGAAAAGCUCAUCGACCUGCCCCACAAGAGAGCUGCGCUCGUCGUCAUUCCCCGGCAGCGCUUCUUCCAGCUCUGCCCUUUUGGCCCGCUCAACGCCUAAGUGGUCCACUGCCUUUGAUUCUUUUCGCGAAAGACACCAGCCACAUCUCCUGUAGAUUUAGCCAAGGCCCCAUCCCACACAACAGGUUCAUAAAACCCCAGAAGAGCAAGCAUCCAAAUGUCACCGAAGCAAAGAAAUGUCAAUUCCAUCGAC